GUUUAAUCUUCGUCAUCUAGGCCCUGUUCUUUAGAGCUGCUCUGCUCUGUCCUACCCUGCUCUGCAAUGUGUGAAAGUCUAGCCAUGUUCUGUCAUACUUUGCUCUGUCUUGCUUUGUGCUAAGCUAAAAAGAACAGGGCUAAGCCUAAGAUCUGUGAAACAUACUUAAACAAUGUGUAGUGUAGUACUUGUUGCAAUAUUAAGUUAGGGGAACAAAAGAAGUACUCAAGAUUUCGUUUUUUCAUGCACUAGUACAGUAGUACACUAGUACUUGCUAAAAAUUCGAUUUUUACAUGUUUUGUGUUUAAUUAAAGUUUUAAACUUCCACUUAAUAAAAAAAAAAAAAGUUUUAAACUUCCACUAGCAAUUCAAAGGCUUCUGCUGCUCUAAUGAGGAACCAUUUGCGAAAGUUGAAUUCCCUCUUUCUACCUCAAAUUUCCAUCCCAAAAUUUCCCAAAUUUGUACCCUUUUCCAACAUUCCAAAUUCACAAAAAAGUUUCAAUCUUUCAAACUCCCUCCCACAAACCCAGUACAGAAAACAGAUUUCACUUGCCAAUCUUUUGCAGAGGUAUGGUUUCCCCUCUUCUGAUCUUCACUCUUUUCUUACCAAGAACAAAUUUUUAUUGACUUCUAAUGUAUCAGAAAUUGAGCAAUCUCUUGGAAUUUUAUUAUUGUCAUUCAAAUUGCAGCAAAAUUUGAUUGUUUCAUUAGUUAAUGGGUGCCCUAGCGUUCUUGAUUUGGGGUUUUUGAAGAAAUGGGAAAUGGGUAUUGAAUCAUUGGGGCAAUUUGCUACUUCUCCUAGGGUAAUUCGAAGCAUUCUCGAGAUUUCGAGGCGGUUUCGGAUUGACCCAGAUAGGUUUUCUAGUUGUGUGCAGAUUUUGAAGGGUUUAGGGUUUAGUGAUGGUACCAUAAUUAGGGUUUUAGAGGGUUUUCCUGAGGUUGUUAUGAUUAAUGAGGGUGAACUUUGGAAGAGGAUAGACUUUUGGAUUAUGAUUGGUUUUGAAAAAAGUGACAUUGAUAGGAUUUAUCAUUCUUUUCCAGGAGUUUUAGGGUUUCGGAUAGAGAAUAGGUUGAAACCACUAAUGAAUGAGUUCUUGGACAUGGGGUUUGGAAGGCGUUGUGUUAAAGAAGAGAUCAUUAAAGAACCAAGAAUUCUAAGUUUGGAGCUUGGGGAGUUGCGGCGGUGUUUGGAGUUGCUUCGGAAGUUGAGGUGUAGAGAAUCUAUUAAAGAGAAGAUAUUCAGUGAGGGGGAGAUCAAAGCCGGAUUUGCUGUAAAAAUGAGAAUUGAUUGCUUGUGUAGAUAUGGGUUGAUCCGAAGAGAUGCUCUGAACAUAUUAAAAAGAGAGCCAAGGUCAAUAAUAUAUGACAUUGAGGACAUUGAAAGUAAAAUUGAGUUUCUUUUGGAUAGGAUGAAAUUUGAUGUUGAAUGUUUGAUGGAGGUCCCCGAGUAUUUGGGGGUGAAUUUCGAUAAACAGAUUGUUCCUCGGCACAAUGUGAUUGAGUAUUUGAGAUCAAUAGGUGGGCUUGGUUUUGAGUUAGGAUUGAGGGAUAUUAUAAAGCCUACUAGGGUUAGGUUCUACAACCUUUAUGUAAAGCCAUAUCCUGAAUGUGAAAAGAUGUAUGGCAGGUUUUCUGAAUAUGUUGAACAGAAGAGCCGGCAUCCUGUUGGACUGUGGCAACAAUUCAAGCCUCCAAAAUGCCCAGAAUUGAAGCAAGAUUUGAAGAAUGUGAAAUCAUUCAUGAAACUACUGGUUUGACGUAGAAGCCUUGAUUUGUUUCAUGAUCACAUUAUGAUCUCCUGGGUCUAAGCCAAAGGUAAUUAGGUUCUGAUACUUCCAUAAGGCCUUGGAAUGUAUGGUUUUUGGCCAGAGAAAGAGAGCAUUAUGCAGAUAACUUGAGUAAUAUACAAUGAGAUUGGUGCUGCAUUCGUGGAUAUCAAUGAAGAGUUCCAAUUUCUGGUUUGCCGUUUAAGGUCAGAGCAGUUGAUCCUGCGGCACUAUUGUUGCUGUCUGGCCUGAAUCUAUGCAGCUGGUGUCUCUUUGUUAGAGACUGAGCCUGAAAUAAGAAAUGAUUGAGCAUCUUCAGCAUAUCAGCAUAUGUUUGCAUAAAUCAAAGCCAAUAAGACAUGAAAAACAUGGAUGUCAUUUGCUGAAUUUUUUGGUUCAAAAGAAAGUCUGAAAAGUCUCAUCUGUCUCAUAUAAGAUGUUGCGUGUAUGUUGCUAAGUCUGAGGGGAAGAAUUUAUUUGCUAAUAAAUAGAGCGAUGACUGAACGCAGAGUAAGGAAUUAAGGAUGGUAUAACAUUCACUUAAAAAUUCAUGAAGCAUAUGGAUCCGAAUACAUGAAGGACAUGGAUCUGGAUUUGCUAUUGGGUGAUAUUUUUCAACUGAUAGCUAUUGCAACUGCUAUUGCUGUCCGACUCCAACCUCUAGUCUGCAAUGUUGAUCUCUCCUUGUUACUUGAGCAUAACAUGUAAAAAGAUCAAAUAACUGGAAAAUUAGUUUGGUAUAGUUGCUUUAUUCUUUGCUAUUGGCCUACUUUUUUACUUUCACUAAUAACAAUCAGUAGCCAAUUUAUGUGUCAAUUUAUAGUGUAUACAUUAAUCCAUUUUCCAUCUCUUUUCAUAA